UGGCGGAAGCGCGCGCUGUCACAGCGCGUUUAGCGGUCGCUGCCGGACGUCCCCUCACGGGGGACCCGCAGCUGGACGAUUGCGCAACCCGGCUAAUCCCACCAGCCGUAUAGCGGCCGGCCCACGUGGGUCCAGAUCGCGUCUCCGCAACAUAUCGGUCGCUGAACGACUGCAUGGCAGUGGCACCGCACCCCGGCCACGAGGCCGAUCCAGGCGCUGACGUCACGGCCGCCCUAAGGAUUCUGGAAGCCAUGGAGUUGUGGGACGACGAUGAGUCCUGGAAGUGCGGACAGCCCGACCUCACCGACCUGGUGAACGCCGAACCCGAUCCUCUGGCGGGAUUCUUCGGACAUUCCCCCAGAGCCGGAGGCCACGACACCAUCGCGGACGUCCUCCUCUCCCUGAAGCACGCCGUCGUCCAUCCCAACCAGUCGACCGGGCCCAUGGGGGGCCCAGAGCCCUCGGCACCCAUGUUCUCCAUGUCCAGCCUAGACGGCGGUUGCUACUCUUCCCCGUGGGCCGGACCCCCUCCACAACCACAGGUCCCGAGCGCCGGCCUGGCAACGCCGAUGAACUCUAUGGACGCGGGUCGUCUCAACCUGUGCGGUAUCUGCGGCAAGGCAUACGCGCGGCCCAGCACGCUGAAGACGCACCUGCGCACGCACUCGGGCGAGCGUCCCUACCGCUGCCUGCAGUGCAGCAAGUGCUUCUCGCAGGCGGCCAACCUGACAGCGCAUCUGCGGACCCACAGCGGCGAGAAGCCCUUCCGAUGUCCCGUGUGCGAGCGCCGGUUCUCGCAGAGCUCCUCGGUGACGACGCACCUGCGUACGCACUCGGGCGAACGGCCCUACCGCUGCUGUUUCUGCCGCAAGGCCUUCUCGGACAGCUCCACGUUGACCAAGCAUUUGAGAAUCCACAGCGGGGAAAAACCGUACCAGUGCAAGCUUUGCCUGCUCCGCUUCUCGCAGUCUGGCAACUUGAACCGGCACAUGCGGGUGCACGCAAAUUCCGCCUGAGCGUCUGGCGUCCGGAGUUUCAUCGAUAUUGGUGUCAUCGACGGAUGUUUGGUUGUUUCACGCAGAGAAAGAUGUUGGUCCACACUUGUUCACACAACA